AGCACCAUGUGCAAGUUUGGAACCAAAACAGUCCAGCCCUUGCCCUACGAAUUUGACCCCUUCUUGUGGCCAGACAAUGGCUGAGAAGGUGACCGAGGCCUUCCGAAUCCUGCAGGAAAACGCGAACGAUCUGUAUUUGCGUGACCACGUUGCCGAGGUCGAAGGUCCUCCUGACCCUCUCGAAUUCCAUCGAGAGUGGGUUUCGCCCAACGUCCCCGUAAUCUUUAGAAAUGCGGCCAGGGGUUUCCCUGCUUUUGAAAAGUGGUCACCUGAAUACCUCAGAGAGAAAAUCGGUGGGCAAAACGUAACCGUGGCCGUGACCCCGAACGGAUGGGCAGACGCUGUGUCCGACGACGGACACUUUUUCAUGUUGCCCGAAGAGCGGAAAAUGCAGUUUUCCGACUUUCUGGACCGUUUAGACGAUGAUUCGCAAUGCAAUCCUAUUUUUUACAUGCAACAACAAAAUUCCAAUCUAACCGGCGAAAUGAAAACCUUAAUUGGCGACGUCCCUCCGGACAUUGACUGGGCAACGUCGGCUUUCGGACAGAUGCCGGACGCGGCCAACUUCUGGCUCGGCGACAAAAGAGCGAUAACUUCCACUCACAAAGAUCCUUAUGAGAAUAUUUAUUGCGUAAUUAAGGGCGAAAAGCAAUUUGUCCUGAGUCCCCCAACUGAUCUCCCCGGAAUGCCGUACAAAACUUUACCUGUUGCCAAAUUCAACGAGGUAAAAAGUACGAAAGACUUCAAAAUUGUUCCCAAUGAAGAUCAUACAAGAUGGAUUUGUCCUGAUUCAGAUCAAAGUUUGCCGAUUCGACUGAAAAAGUUGAUUGCGAAAGUGCGGGCAGGGGAUAUGCUGUAUUUACCAUCGCUAUGGUUUCAUCAGGUUUCGCAAAGCCACGGUUGCAUAGCAGUCAAUUACUGGUACGACAUGAAGUUUGAUAUCAAAUACGCGUACUUUUCCAUGCUGGAACAACUUUGCUCCGAUUCUGUGAUAAAAUAAAUAGUUUUUUUUUUAAUUAUGAAAAAA